CACCAACAGCCAUCCAUUCAGAGUCAGUCGGGGUUACACUGUGCAUGGACAAGGCGGAAGCCCACGGAACACCGAAGUCUUGAAACAGCUCCCUACCAGCAGAAGGAAGUCGAGCAGGGAAGCAGGUAGCAGACCGCCUGAUUUCCCGAAAACAAAGCAGAGCUUUUCGAGAGUCUCCGUUCCACCCCUCUUCCGCCAUGGCAGCAGCAGAUGUAGCCCUGUCGCUAGUGAAGCUCCUGGGGGCGCUAAUAGCCUCUCUCUACUACAUUUUGGAGGCCCUGGUAGUAGGCAUAACACCCCGGGCGUGCAUGCGAAAGAGCGUGGAGGGCGACGUGGCACUGGUGACCGGCGGCGGGUCGGGCAUCGGGCGCCUCCUGUGUCUUAAGCUCGCCGCGCGCGGAGCCAAGGUCGUCACCUGGGACGUCAACGCCACCGGCAACGACGAGACGGUGCGCCAGGUGUCGGCGGCCGGAGGCGAGUGCUGGGCCUACACCGUCGACCUCUGCGACCGCCACUCCAUUUACAAGGUCGCCGCCAGGGUCAAGGAGGAGGUUGGCAAGGUGGACAUCCUGGUGAACAACGCUGGCAUCGUGACGGGCAGGAACUUCAUCGACUCGCCCGACGAACUCAUCCUGAAGACGUUCGAAGUCAACACCCUCAGCCACUUCUGGACCACCAAGGCCUUCCUCCCCGAAAUGAUUUCCGCCAACAAGGGCCAUGUGGUGACUGUGGCCUCUUUGGCUGGCCUCUCUGGGGUCAACAAGCUCACUGACUACUGUGCCUCCAAGUUUGCUGCUGUGGGCUUUGACGAGAGUCUGCGGCUCGAGUUACUGGUUGAAGGACAUAAAGGAGUCCACACUACAGUUGUGUGUCCAUACUAUAUUAGCACUGGAAUGUUUGAUGGAGUUAAAUCAAGUUUUAUCCCAAUUUUACAGCCGGAGUAUGUGGCCUCUGAGAUAAUAGAUGGCAUCUUGCUAAACCGCUACACUGUCAUCCUGCCUUCCCUCUGCAGAUUCAUGAUUCUUCUGAAAUACAUCCUUCCAUUUAAGGGGGCUUAUCAAAUCUACAAGGCAUGCGGAGGACACAUUUCCAUGGAGGGCUUCCAGGGUCGUAGCAAGGACUCACAGCAGCAGCUCAAGAUGACCAAUGGUCCAGAGAAGCAGAAGCCGCAAGGAACCCCAGAGGUGUAAAAGUGUAGCAUUUUGAUGACAUUUUUUUUAGUUCAACAUUUCCCUGUAAGCUGGUAGUAAUGAUAUGUAUAGAUUUGUCUUUUUAACUUUUGAAAACAAAAUGAAUAAAUUAAUGAAGAGAAAGUAAUAUAAGCUGCAUCAGCUCUUAUACAGAUCACCUCUAACAUGUUUAUAAUGUCCAGGCUUGGGUGUUUUGGCAGACUCUUUGGAAAAAAAAAAUCAUGCCUCAAUUUUUAAAAUUUAAAGAUAACCUUUGAUAAAAAUUGAAGAGCCUAAAAAAAAAAAAAAAAAAAAAAAAAAAAUCCCCUACUUCUUUUUCUCCUCCUCCUCCCUCCUAUUGAAAGGACUGUUUUUUGCUCAGCUCAAGUCCAGUGAAGUGGGUGAGAUAAUAAUGUUUCCUUUUUCUGAGGUAUGAUGUAAACACUGAAUAUUUUCCAUUUUGAAUCUGGUGUCUGAUUAGGUGUUUGUUAUCAAACUUAGAUUUUAAUGAUUGCCAUGCAAGAAGUCUCAUAAUGCUAUUUCACAAAUAUAAGUGGUGAUUCUUUUCAUGGAGUAAUUAUGGUGUACUCCUCUUCUUUUUAUAUUAACCAAAAUGAGCAUGCAGCUACUAGAUAUCACUAAAUAUAAAAAUCAAGUGCAGGGUAUAUCCUUACUUGAUGUAAUAUACAAAAUCAAAUUGUUAUCAAAUUUAGAAAAUCAUAAAUUUCAGGAAUUGUUUUUUUAAAUCUUGUAAUAUAGAUUAAUAAUCUAGUUCGUGGCUAUUAAGUUUAGAAAAUCAUAAAUUUCAGGAAUUAAUCUUUUUAAUCUUGUAAUAUAGAUUUAUAUUACAUCUGUUGUUUUCAAAUAUGAAAAGGUUUUUUUUGCCAUAAGUUUAGUUAUCUGAAAAAAUAUAUUGAAAAUGCAUUUCGUGAAAAGUGUUAUAUUUUUUUGUCAUCCAUAUGUUUCUAUAUCACAUUUAAGGAACUGGAAAAUAAUACUACAAAUAAUAGCAAUAUUAGUGAUCAUGAUGAGAGUAAGAGUAAUCUUUAUUUGAAAUUAAAAACAACAAAGAACAGACAAAUGUAUAGAACAAAGAAAGUAAAAAAAUAAAGAAAAAUAAUAUACAAAGAAAAGAGAGCCAUACUCAAAAAGAUGCUUUUACAAAGCAUUUUAUUUAGCAAAGUACAGUAGAAAAAAAGAAUGAAACCAGCAAAUGUCAAAUCAAUGGAAUAUUAAUCUUUAUCAGUUUAAAUGGUAGUUACCUCUUGCUAUAAAUGAACCAUAUAUAUAAGCAGCAAUUUUCUAUGGUGCUAAUUCUACCACCUCAGUGUACUACUUUAUGAUACAUAUAGUUUAUUAGAAAUACUCCAUAUUGAAGUGCAGUAUAAGAAUAACAAAGGGCUUUAGAUGUCAGACAGUAUUUUUUAUUGAAGGAAAUAAAAUUAAAUUGUCUACUUAAAGUAUUUCUCCUCAGGUCUCCUUGUUCCUUUCCUUAUAUCAUUCAUAUCAGUAAAAUUGUGUGCAUGAGCAUUGUGUUACCUACAUGUACCAGUGUAUUCAAAUUUUCUGUUGCACAAAAUGAAACAGUAUUUGAUAGUGCUGUAAAUUAUAUGGCCCUUGCUAGAAAUAUGGCACAAAUCUAAUGUCACUUUAAUAUCUGAGGUGUUACUUUGUGCAUUUCAAAUUAAUUUGAUCUAGAUAAAUGUAAAACAAGUAAAACCAUUUGACAUAGGAACAUUCAGAACUGCAUCCAACAUAAAGUAUAUGCUCAGUGUAAAAGUGCCCAAAUACAAAGGAAUUCCAAUCUAGCAAUUAAAUGAACAAAAACCCAAUACCUUUUCUAUCAUCAAAUAAUAACAGUAUUUGAAUUUGUACAAAAAAUGACUUUGACUCUUAAAAUCUGCAGGACUGUCACUAAAGCAUGCUUUAUGUCAGGUAAUGUUUUCAUUUUUUUAAUGUUUUUAUUACUACAGGAAAAAAUCAUAAAGCCAAUAAUAAUUGUAAAUCUGUAAUAUGAUCUAAAAUGUGGUUAUAAUCUAGUUUGAUGAUAGGUUGACCUCACUAAAGAUAUCACCAAGAGUAACAACAACAGUAAAAUUUAUAUAUAUAUAUAUAUAUAUAUAUAUAUAUAUAUAUAUAUAUAUAUAUAUAUAUAUAUACAUACAUACAUAUAUACAUAUAUACAUAUACAUAUUAAAUGUGGCAUUAACUUUGAAGAUAAUAGUUAAGUCUUUCACUUUCAAUGUUGAUUUUGUUCAAAUAUUUACUUUUAAAGACUUCUUGAUAACAAUUUUUUAGGUAAAACAGGGAAAUGAAGUUGCAUUUUGAGAUAAUCAGUAUGUGUGUAUUUACUGUUUAUUAUUGCUAUUAUUGUAGUUAUUAUAUCCUUCAUUCAAAUCAAAGGAAAGACUAUUAAUAUAGAUAUCUAGUAAAAUGAAUGAUUGUUAUGCAAAAUGUGUUUAAUGUUAGUUUGUAAAGAAAAUAUUUUUGGGUAAUUUAUUUACUCAGUAGUCAAUAUGUCUUAUCUGUAAUGGAGAUAAUUUCACAUCAGUGAUAUUCUCUCUGCCAUUUUAUACGUUAUCUCACUAUCUCUUUAUUUCUCUCAUAAGUGUGUUUUUACUGAACUGUACUGUACAUUAUUCUAUAUAUGAUUUGUAGCAAAAUAUCAAGAUACAAUAUUUUUGCCUUUGUACAAUAUUUGUCUCUAUAGUGUGUAGCUUUUACCAAAAUGUAUGUUUCAGCAUAUCAAGCACAAUUUUUAAAAUAUUACAGGACUGUGCUGUAAGAGUUAUGUGUGCAAAAUAAAAAAUAUAUAUAUAUUUAAAUUCA